AUGUUGAUAAAGUCGUUGUUUCAAAAUAUAAGCGAUUGCUGAGUAUAUAAGUCAAGUUCAUUUUGAUCUAAUUCAUUCUAAGUUCAUUAGUUCUUUGAAUAUAUCAAACAUGUCCACCUUCGCUUUUCUGUUGCUCUGCAUCCAGGCUUGCCUUGUCCAGCAAGCGUACAGCCAAGCCCUCCUGGGAGGGUAUGGCCUGGGUCCUCGCGCUUCAGGUUAUGGAAUCGGCGAAGUCGAGGUGGCCGCUGUUGAGGUCGACACCAUUGGCGGCUACGGGUACAACAAUGGCUUGGCCGGACUUGGCGGCUUGGGAUUGACUAACGCUGGUGGCUUGGGACUGGUUAACGCUGGUGGCUUGGGACUGAUUAACGCUGGUGGCUUGGGACUGGCUAACGCUGGUGGCUUAGGAUUUGCUGGAGCUGGACUCGGCCUCAACUCUGGACUCGGUCUUGGACUUGGCGGCUACGGCGGCGUGGGUAACGGCGCACUCGCCGUCGGCGGAGAGCUGCCAGUUGCUGGCACCACGGUCGUCACUGGCGCCGUGCCAGUGCUCGGCGCUGUGAGCUUCAGCGGCAACUUGCCAGCUGCUGGCGCCGUCUCCAUCUCCGGCAACUGCGGAUGCGGUGGUGUGCCAUACGGAAACUACUAAAUCAAAUAAACUGUUACAUUUAAUAAUGCCAUA